AUUUUUUGCGCGCGCGCUGCUCCAAACGCGCGCCCUCCCUUUCCCAUCCAUCCUGCCUCCUGCGUGACGCGCGGGGGAUGUCCGUCAGUUUGGCAGUGAGGAGGAGAGUCGUCUCUUCGACUUCAGCAUCGCCGGGUUCAGAGAACACAGAGGAGUGUAGCGCUGGAGCCAAACGACUGCUUGUCCUGACGCCUGUCAGAUCCAUCCAUGGACUCUGUUUGCUCAUGAGCAGCUGGGAAUUUUACCGACUCAACUCCAAAAACCUUCCGCUAAAAAGAGGAAAUAAAGAGAAAUGAAGACCUACGGAAAGAGGCAACUCCUUGUGCUGAAGGCUAAACUUUUUACGGAGUAGUUCUGCUUUUUUCUCCUCGUCUACAUGUCUACACCAGCAUGCCAACAUCAGACGACAAACAUGGGAGCAACACACAAACAGACUAUUUUAACAGCUUGCAGAGUUUGUCUCUGGCUGUAAUUUAUGGGAAGCGAUCAGUCCGGACGUUUUUGGACUUUAGGGAUAAAAAUGCCCCACAUGGACUGGAUGUCAAGUGCGCUCCCUUGUCGUUUUUGACCAACCUGAGGCGCUUCUCCAAAGCGAAAGUGGUCAGCUUCUUCCUGUGUUUGACGCUGGCGUUUCUCAUCAUGGUUUCGUACACGCUGAUGUUGGACAAGAGAAGGAUGCCGCUCAUGUCUUCCUAUCGGCCCAGUCUUCUGGUCGUUCCAACAGGUGCAUUUGCAGGGGAAGACGUUUCUACUGAAAAGAGUUUCAUGAGCACAGAACUGAUGGUGAAGAUCAUCAGCUCCAUUCAGGAACACAAACCACGGAGGGUGCCGGAUAAAAAGGAAAUCACAGAGACGGAUUCUAAUCUCUUUUCGGUAAUCCCUCCACACUUUUUGCCGAACACCAAGAGCCCGUGUUGGUACGAAGAAGUGUCCGGCGACGCCAGCGCAGACCCCUACAAGAAGAAUCACUUUUGCCUGCGUUCAAAAAGCUUCAGAAACACGUGCGACCGGAUGAGAGACAGUUUCCGUCGGCAUCUGAGCCACAGAGACGGGAAACAGUUCCGCCUUCGCUGCUUGCCGUACUUUUACAUCAUUGGCCAACCAAAGUGCGGCACGACGGACUUGUUUCAUAGACUGCUGAUGCAUCCGGAGGUCAAAUUUAACAUCAUCAAGGAGCCACACUGGUGGACCAGGAAACGAUUUGGUUAUAUCCGUUUCAAAGAUGGUUUGCAGGAGCGUUUUCCUCUGCAAGAUUAUCUGGAUCUGUUUGACUUGGCAUCCCACAACAUCCAAGAAGGAAUCAGAGGAAAUUCAUCAGUGAAACAGCAAGCAAUUCAUAUAAUAACAGGUGAGGCCAGUGCCUCCACAAUGUGGGACAACCAAGCUUCCAGUUAUCACCACGGUGCCCAACAGGAAACAGAACCUUCCUUCCUGGUCCAGGACUUCAUCCACGCAGUCCAGCCAGACGCCAAAAUCAUUGUUAUGCUCAGAGAUCCAGUGGAGAGGCUUUACUCUGACUACUUGUACUUUAUUUUGGCAAACAAGUCAGUGGAGGACUUCCAUCACAGAGUAAAAGAAUCCGUCCAGCUGUUUCAGGCCUGUCUCUCUGAGAGGUCACUCCGUUCCUGCGUCUACAACAGCAGCCUUUACAACAUCAUGCCGGUCAGACUGAAUCUAGGAUUGUACUUCCUUUAUGUUCUGGACUGGUUGUCAGUUUUCCGUCGAGAUCAGAUUCUAGUUCUACGGUUAGAAGACUAUGCAAACAACAUCAAAGAGACAAUAAAGAAAGUUUUCGACUUUCUUAAAGUUGGACCGCUCUCAGCACACCUGGAAGCAGCGCUGACCAAACGGCCCAUGUCGAACACACGACGAGCCCAAGACAGAAACCUCGGCCCAAUGCUUCCAGCCACCAGAAGCCUCCUCAGCAGAUUUCACCAACCCUUCAACUAUGAGCUGGCCAGACUGUUGAACAGCGAAGCCUUUCUGUGGAGAGAAAGCUGAAGGGUUUGAACCAGGAACCUGGAACACCUAAAGAGACUGUCGAAAAGCUUUACUUGUGUGUUUUUUCAAAAUCUUUUCAUAAAAAGAGCUGAAGAGUGAACAAUAAAAUGACAUUUUUUCAACUUUUGUGUUUUUUAAUAUCCCAAAAUGCUAAAUUUGUAUGUACAAUGUAAUUUAGUGCAACAUAGAGAAGUUGCUCCAAAAGCCAAAACCAAAGCAAUUCAAGAUUUAGACGAAAAAAUGUCUAAAUUUGAUUUUUUGAUGCAAAAGAAUAUAUUUUAAAAUAAGCACAUAAUGAGGAAAGAGAAAGCCAGUACAACUUUUGCAGGGAAGUUUAGACAGGACUUGAUUUUAAGGUUGCUACCAUGGAGAAAAUCUUUAUAUUUGGUUGUAAACUGCUUGGAUCUUAAAAAAUAUUUGAUUAAAAAUAUGUAUGUAUAUAUAGUCAUCAUUUUUUGCAGUCUUGCUUAGUGUCUUUUAAAUUAUAUAUUUCUGGUUUUACUGUUUAAAAGUAAUGACAUGAAAAGCACAAGCAUGAAAUUAAUCACAAAAUAUAAAAAAUAGCUGAUUGCUAAACUAAAAUAAACUGGGCAUCUCUUGCCUUAAACCCUCCUUCUCGGUAAGGAAAAACUAAUAAAAAAAAAUAAUUCUGGGAGGAAAAAGAAAAAAAAACCUCAGGGAUGUCCACAUGAAGGAGG